AUUGGCAGGUGUUAGUGUUACAUUCUAUCCGCUCGUGGCUUGGUGAUGCUAACACACGCCCCAUCCAUCUUCGGUCCGUCGCGCAACUCAAAGUCUCUUCGAGGUUUCACUAUAAAUAGAUAAGAGGCUCACCCACCUCAAAAUGGCCGCCAUUAUUGUUUCUUUGGCCUCCACACUUCUUUUUGCUUCGUCUUCUCGCUCUUCUCCGUCCUUGGUUUUCAGAAAGCUACAGUCUUCCUCUUCCCUUCGAGUUUCUUUCGCGGUCUCACCCUUUUGCUCUCGCAGAGGCAGCCUCAUGGCUCACACUCUCGCCCGGGCCACUCUUGGUCUCACUUUGCCCGCUAACAUCGAAGCCCCCAAGGUCUCGUUUGCUGCGAAAGAGAUUGAUGUGACGGAAUGGAAGGGAGACAUACUUGCAGUGGGUGUGACAGAGAAAGACAUGGUGAAGGAUGAUAACUCGAAGUUUGAGAAUUCAAUUUUGAAGAAGCUCGAUUCUCAGUUGGGUGGUUUGUUGGCUGAAGCCUCUUCCGAGGAGGAUUUUACAGGAAAGGCUGGCCAGUCAACAGUUCUUAGGCUUCCGGGUCUUGGCUCAAAGAGGGUCGGAUUGAUUGGUCUCGGACAGUCUGCUUCAACUACGGCUGCUUUUCGGGGUCUUGGUGAGGCUGUUGCAGCUGCAGCCAAGGCUGCUCGAGCAAGUGACGUUGCUAUUGUGCUGGCCUCUUCCGAGGGGCUCUCUGCUGAUUCGAAACUUGGCACAGCUUCGGCAAUUGCAUCUGGAACUGUGCUUGGGUUAUAUGAAGAUAAUAGAUAUAAAUCAGAGUCAAAGAAACCGACUCUUAAGUCCGUGGAUAUCCUUGGCCUUGGAACUGGACCGGAACUGGAAAAGAAGCUCAAGUAUGCGGAAGAUGUUUCUUCUGCAGUAAUUUUUGGGCGGGAACUUGUGAAUUCACCAGCCAAUGUCCUCACCCCUGCGGUACUAGCAGAAGAGGCUUCAAAGAUUGCUUCCUUGUACAGUGAUGUUCUUUCUGCUACAAUUUUAAAUGCUGAGCAAUGCAAAGAAUUGAAGAUGGGGUCAUAUCUGGCUGUAGCUGCAGCCUCUGCAAAUCCCCCUCACUUUAUACAUUUAUGUUACAAACCUCCAAGUGGACCUUCCAAAGUCAAGUUGGCCUUAGUUGGAAAAGGCUUGACCUUUGACAGUGGUGGUUACAACAUAAAAACAGGACCUGGCUGUUCCAUUGAGCUCAUGAAAUUUGAUAUGGGGGGUUCAGCAGCGGUUCUAGGUGCGGCAAAAGCUAUUGGUCAAAUUAAACCUCCUGGUGUAGAGGUUCAUUUCAUUGUGGCAGCUUGUGAGAAUAUGAUUAGUGGAACGGGUAUGAGGCCUGGAGACAUUGUUACCGCAUCAAAUGGAAAGACCAUUGAGGUUAAUAACACAGACGCUGAGGGCAGGCUUACCCUGGCAGAUGCUUUGCUAUAUGCUUGUGACCAAGGUGUUGACAAGAUAGUUGACCUGGCAACCUUAACUGGGGCUUGCAUAGUCGCUCUUGGCCCUUCAAUUGCAGGUGUCUUUACGCCCAGUGAUGACUUGGCCAAGGAGGUAUUUGCAGCUUCAGAGGUCAGUGGGGAGAAACUUUGGAGAAUGCCAAUGGAGGAAAGUUAUUGGGAGUCGAUGAAAUCAGGAGUAGCUGAUAUGGUCAACACUGGUGGUCGUCAAGGUGGUGCUAUCACUGCUGCUCUCUUCUUGAAGCAGUUUGUUGAUGAAAAGGUUAAGUGGAUGCACAUAGACAUCGCUGGCCCAGCUUGGAACGAGAAGAAACGUACUGCAACAGGCUUUGGCAUUUCUACUCUGGUAGAGUGGGUGUUGAAGAACUCUUCUUAGAUACGGAGUUGGUUCGAAGCAUGCUGUUGGGAUCUCUUUCACAUCAGCCAAGCAUGAGGGAGGAAAAAGAUACAUCUUGGUGGGUUUUCCAACGAGUUGAGUGAAUAAAACAUGUUGGAGAUUUGAGAAGUGAUGAGCCGAGGGCAUGGUCUUGUUUGGGUUUGUUUGGGUAAAUUAAAACUAUUUGAUUUUCAACUCGAACAGUCUCUUUGAAUGUCUAUCGGUCUUUAUAGUUA